CCAACAUAGAACAGUUCCACAAAAACCCAGAUAAGAGAGAGUAUCUAAGAGGAGAGAGUCAACAAUGUCAAAUGCUGCAGAGACCAAGAAGGAUCCUGAAUGAGAAAAGGCCAUUCAAUUUAGCAAUUAAGAGAUGAUUAGUAACUUUAGAGAGAACAUUUUUUAUCAAAUGAUGAAGCUGGAAGCAAGAUUGCAGGAGCUUUAAGAAGACAGUGAAUGAGAAAAAUGGCACCCUUGUUACGGGAGAUGACUGUCAGCUGCCUUGUGUGCAUUCCCACCAUCACAUGGCCCACCACUAGAGCCUGGGAAUCUUAACCACAGACAGACCACUCUGAUGCAUGAAUAAUUAGGUGAGCAUAAUGGAAGGCACUCACUCCACCCUUCAAUUGCACAAACCCAUUACUGAACUCUGCUACAUCAGCUUCUAUCUUCCAAAGGGGAAAGUCAGAGGAUUUUCAUAUAAGGGCACUGUAACUCUAGACAAAUCCAGUAAAGGGUUUCAUAACUGCUAUCAAGUCAGGGAGGGGUCAGAUACCAUCAGCCUCAUGCAGCAGCCAUAUGAGAAUCCUGGGGACAUUUUUUUCAAACAAACCACUACAAAAGACAUCCUCAUUGAGCUCUACAAGCUCACUGCGGAGAAGGAGCGGCUACUGGCCAAUCUGCUGAGCUCACACCACAUCCUGGGGAUUAAGAUGGGGAACCAGGAGGGGAAGCUUCCUGAGCUGUCUGGGGGCCUGGAAUUUGAGGAUGACUAUUUCCAGAGUUCUGGGGGCUUGCAGGGGGAGCCACCGGCCGGCUCUUUGGACAAGAGGACAACUCUGAAGAACAGAAAAAACAAGAGGUUUGGCAAGCGAAGGGAAAGCUUUGAGGAGCUCCUGCAGAAGAGACUGAGAAGGAAAGAGCAAGGCGGCCAAGAAUCAACUUCUGGCUCAGGGAGGGACAGGGUUUCUUCAGGCAGCUGCCCUUCUCACUCCUGGGCAAGGCCUAAUCGGCAUCUGGAGGACAGGGGCAACUUCCCCUGAGUAGGAAUUUUUCGUCCCCACAGCAGAAGAGAAAGCUAUUCUCCAGAAAUCCCCAGGACACUAGAGUUAGAGCCAGACCUUCGGGCCUUUGUGUCUGGCUAUGAGAAUGCUACCUUGGGAGGGGAGGUGCUGCCUGGGGGCUGUAGCUCUGUGGGGGAUUCCCCAAGGUCUGUCGCUGUUCGUGGUGUUCAGGUGCCACAGGGUGGGCCUCGCAGGGCAGACAAUCAGCAAGCUGGUUUAUCUGAGAAGGGAGAGACCCCUGAGAAGGGCCUAGAAGCAGAGAGGUCGGGGGAGAAACCGGCCAAGAAGACUAGAAGGAAGAGACCAGUCACCAGAGUGGUGACCAAAGUGCAGGAUCUGUCUGCUAAGGUGCAGAGAGUUGUGAAAACCCUCCCUGAUUCUGAGGAAAGGAGCACUUCCCUCCAUGGCCAGGACAUAGCGGAGGGGACUCUUCCCUCUGCCAUCCAGUCUGAAUGUUUUCCCAAAGCAGAUCUGCUCACACUCCCUGGAGAGGAGGUCCCAGCUCAGCCAGCCAAGAGAAAGGGGAAAAGGCCACAAAUGGACAGGGCCCGGCCACUGGCCAGAGAACAAGCCCCACUUCCCAGUGAAUCUUCCAGCCAGGUGGGAGCCGUGAACAAAGCCCUCCUGAAGGUUAUGCAGAGUGAGAGUUUAGAUGAAGGCAAUGAGUGGAAACGCCUGGGUCUCCCCGACACCAGAAAAACUGUUUACCCCCUCCCGGAGGCCAGGAUCGGGAAGAAAGCGGGGCUGCCCCUAAGUAGCCACCAAGUCUUGUCCUCGAGUGGGUCCCACAAAGUGGACCCUGGCUCUUUCUGGCCUAGGGCAAAAGAGAAGAGGCCUUCCCCACCAUCGCUGGCACCUGUCACCGCUCUGUUUAAUAAUUCAUCCCCACCAUCCAACACGCCUAGACAAAAGUCACCUGUUCCAUCUCUUUUAUCUUCAAGGCUUCCCAGCCCCCAGCUGCAUCACCAUAUCCUCCGGCUUCCUCCCCAGCCAAGUGAGAGGGAAGCUGUGCUCUGUGACAGCCCCAGCAGGAAGCCAGGCACCUCCUCCGGGCUCCCCUUGGCUGACCCUUCCGUGCUGCAGCCUUCUACCAGGGUUACACAGACUGAAGGAGCCGGGCUGGCCUCCCUCCGAGCAGGCCUGCCUUGCUUCGUGCCCGGGGAGCGUUUGGAAAAGGGGCCAGGGCAAGGGAAGGCCGCUGCUUUGCCCCAGAACCAGCUGCCUCCAGAAUUCAACUGUAAAUGUCUGGACCAGGGAUUUCCAUUUCUCAACCCCCAACCCCCAUCCCUCUGCCUUUUGUAAUUCUUUGGGAGUUUACUCAAUUUCAUUUCCUGAGCUUGAGUUGCUUAAGAUCUCUAUUUCCUAUUAUUAAUUUGAACAUUUUAUAUUUUGUUAUUAUUUAUCCAUUUCCUUUAAAUUUUCAGUUUUGCUGCUAGGUAACACUGUGGAUACAGUG